AUGCUUCUCUUCUGUCCCCACUGUUCCAACAUCCUGACGGUCUCGGCCUCACCCGACACAGGUCGCAAUCGUCUUGAAUGCCGCACCUGUCCGUACCAGCACCACAUCACCACGCCCAUGUUCUCGCGGCGAGAGUUUGCGCGUAAGGAGAGGGAGGACGUGUUCGGCGGAGCCCACGCCUGGGACAAUGCAGACAAGACGGCGGUGCAAUGCCCGAGAGAUGGAUGCGAUGGAGCUGAGGCCGCCUUCUUCCAGGUCCAGAUCCGCAGUGCUGAUGAGCCUAUGACGAGUUUCUACAAGUGCAUGACAUGUGGUGGAAGGUGGAGAGAGAACUAA